AUGCACAGCAGCGAGCAAUACCGUGAACGAGCACGUGAGCGACCAGCACCGUCAAUUCAAUAUGGACGCGUGGCACCUCCAAGUCGCCCGAAGAAUGCUACAUUCCCCAAGCAAAGAAGUUCAUUUGGACGACGUCCAGCCACCUCGAAGAGAACCAGCGGAGUAUCUUCACGGAAACAGUUACCAGAAAGAAGAAGAACCCUGAGGACUCAAGAAAAGACGAAGAAAGAAGUGAAAGAGAAGGCGAAAAAAGAAGUGAAAUUGCCGGCGAAACAGAAGCGUGUGGAGAAACGGGAAGUAAAAGAAGAAAACGAUAGCAAGAAGAAGAGGACUUCUGGAGCAGAAGCAUCGCCAAAAAAGUCUGAUCAUAAUCGUACUACUGAUGGUAUGAUAGAACAGAUCCUUGGGAAGUAUAGACGUGCCAAAGGCGAUUCGCCGAGGUCACGUUCUCUCAAACAGCUGCUCGAGUUUUGUGAUGUAAGUCUGCUUGGAGAUGAGAUCCGCGAGAAGGCAGGAACUUUCAUUUCGAAGCCAGAAGAGCCUGCUCAAGAUGACUAUAAAACUCGCACUUGUAUAAGGACUUACAAUCCCACAGUGCUGGGUCCCCUUGAUCAAUAUGUACCGUUGGGUUUGUUUGAAGAAGAGGUAAAGAUGGACGUUUCCACCGAUAAAAAUGCUCCGGAUAAGGUCCUUGAGGUGCUCCAAGCAACACUUUCGGAUGCUCCCAGGUCCCCCGUCGCAUGA